CUUACGUUCGGUUCGCAUUUCUCUUCUCUCUUAUAUAAUAUUCUCUUGUACGGAUCCUUAAGUUUUUUUCACCUCAAUCAAUUCUAUGCAUUGUUUUUUUUUAUUAAUCUGACAAACACUAAACUUUAACUUUCAACCUAAUUUUUUAAUAACAACAAUAAAAAAGUCGCGAAAUAACACAAAAACCAGUGAUAAAAAAGUGUUAAAUCCAAAAUGGUAUGUGAUUGAGCAAUAACGCGCGUGUAUUUUGUUCGAUAUUAUUACAAUGAAUAUAAAACUGCUGAAUUGCUAAAAAUCUGAAAUUUCAGCAUCUCAAAAUUUAUACAUACUUGAUUUCGCAUUUUUUUCGGCGACCGCUCUGAUUACUAACAAACAAAAAAACUGAACAAUUCACCCGCAGACGGGUGUCGAAUGUGUGAACCAUCGAGUGGCUGACUAUUGAAUCACGGAUUAAAAAUCGAUACGCAGUCGAGGAAGAGUUGUACGCAAAUCACAAGUCAACACAAAAGUGCAACAGUCAGAAAUGAAAAAGCAAAAAGCAGCAAUGAAAGCUACACGCACUUGUACUUGAAGGAAAAAAAGAAGCCAUCAAACAUCCAAAAAGAAAGGAAAGAGAAAUAUUUAAAAGCUCUAUGCUUAAACCAGCCAUGUGCUUGUGUAUGUAUGUAUGUCUGUAUGUACUGAUGUACGUGGGGACUCUAAUGAAGUAAAAACUUUGAAAAGCAAUAAAAUUAAGCAAUUCCGUGUAUUAGUAAAUUAGGGUAAAAGCAAUAAAGUAAAAACUAACUAUCGAACUAACGAAAGUUGUAGUAAUAAAAGCUGUAAAAUCCUUUCAAAAGAAGACACUAUUCGAAUGGAUUCAGUGGUGUGGCAAGUGUGGAAUUUUGACUUGCCUAAAAUGUGUAGCAGCGGCGAUAAACAGAACUUAAAAUUUAAAUAAAAGUGGCAUAACCCAUCUGAGUUGACAGUCUAUCUAAUGUAUUGGCCUUAGUUGUUUAACGCUAUUGAAUUUCGUCGAGCAAAUUCUGCUACCAAAUUGAAGAGCUACUGAACUAUCAUCAAAUCAAUUCAAGUUCUUUUACCAAUUAGUAGCAUUUUUUAAAUGUUUUUUGCGGCAACAAUAUCCAUUACCUCUACAUACCUUUAAACUUAGCUCGUUCGAAAUACCUAUGUAUCUCAAUACUCUGGCAGCUUCAAGCUUAACUAAAUUUAAAAACAAAAUUACCAAAAGCGCAGGCUCAUCCGUCGAAUUUCAACGUUAGCCUGCCUUCUACUCGAUUUGCCCAAUUUUGUUUUAACUCCAACGAUACAAUACUUUAAACUUCUUUCGCUGCCCUACCAUGCCCCGCUGUUUAAUGGCUAAGAAAUGGAAAGCAUACCCUUGGCUCGAUCGUGUUGACGAUGCGCAAGCAGCCACAGCUGCGGCAACUAGUUUGAAGAAAUCCCAAGAAACUGAAAUCAACAUCGAAUUGGUGCAAAAGCGUAACGCCGCACGCUCGCCCAGCCCCAGCAGCACGCAACAAUAUAGACGAACAUCAAAAUCGCGCCGUUCCACUAUAGACGAUGAUGAGGAGAUCGAUGUAGUGGGUGAUAACGCAGCGGUAGCAGUGGCGGCUAUUGCAGGCGUUGUGCCUACAGCGACAACCGUUGAAAUCCAGCAUAACAGUAAAGACGAGUCAUUAGUGCAGCGCACAAUCCCCUCGUCAAGUUCGUCUUGCAACAGCAAUAGCAGCAGCAGCACCAGCAACGGUUCAACACCAACGGCCACGUGUUGGGGUCCUUCAUCUCCGACGGCUGGUGCUACAGCGCCAAGUCCACCACCACACUCCCCAGAGGCGGCAACGCGUGGGACAACAACGCUGUAUAACGGUUUUGGACAUGACGCUUCACCCAUGCACUACACAGCGUACCUGCCCAGAAUGGAAAACGGCGAAGUUACUGUAAUUACGAAUGCGGCUAACGCCGUUGCGACGGCUGCUGCUGCUGCUGCUGCUGUCGCCACUGGCCAUCACAACCUACCGUUACCGCAUACGGCCCAUCAUUAUUCCUCGUUCGUGCACACGCCGCCGCCCUCGACCGCCUCUUCGCCUUCAGCGUCUCCGUCGAGUUAUUCCAGUGUGGUAACAGCGUCCAAUAGUAGCAGUAGCGACCGCCUCAGUCCGCCCAUCGUACGCAUUAAGACAGAGUCACAUAGCGAUGACAACAUACAGCACAACAUCCAGAUGAGCUCUGAGUCAAGCGCACUACGAAAUAAAUCACUGGCUAUGUGCUUCACCAGCACUGGCGCUGCACUAUCGCUCCCUCCAAAAAAGAAAGACAUUUACCGGCCAUAUUCGCUCGAUGAUAGGCCAAGUGUGGAGCGUUUGCGUUCUCCAUAUGAGAGUUUGCGUAUACCAGCUGAGGAGGAUUUGCACGCCGCUCACGCCAUACUCGAUCUGAGUGCUUCCACAGCCUUCCACCCGCCAACACAGCCACAUCAGCUCCAGCAGGUGCAGCAAGUACAGCACAAUCCCACGCCGCCGUCACAACUGCACCCGUUACAUCAUCAUCAACAUCCGCUGCACCAAAUAACUCAUGCUAUUCAAUUGCAACAACAACAGGAGACCAUCAUACACCAUAGUGGUCCAUCCAUCGCAGAUUUGGCAGCGGCCGCUAUUGUCGCAAACGAGCAGCGACCCAGAAGUACCGCUUCCCUGCACAGCGUUAUGAGCGCAUCAGAUAGCGAUCGGCAGCCGAGUUCGCCGGCAAGCAGCGUCCAAAAUGAGAACAGCAACACAACCAACCAGCUGACGACUACCCAGUCAAACAAGACCGUGGCCUAUACCUAUGAGGCGUUCUUCGUUAGCGACGGCCGCUCGAAGCGCAAACAUGUCACCGAUCCCACGACCAUAGUACAACAAGAUCAACAGAAGGCCAAGUACACUUGCACCGAAUGUGGCAAACAGUACGCCACGUCGAGCAAUCUCUCGCGCCACAAACAAACGCACCGCUCGCUCGAUUCGCAAUCAGCGAAGAAGUGUCACACCUGCGGCAAAGCGUACGUGUCAAUGCCGGCUCUGGCAAUGCACUUGCUCACGCACAAACUCUCGCACAGUUGUGACGUUUGUGGCAAACUUUUCUCACGUCCUUGGCUCCUGCAGGGCCAUUUGCGUUCGCACACUGGCGAAAAGCCAUAUGGCUGCGCACAUUGCGGCAAAGCAUUCGCAGACCGCUCCAAUCUAAGAGCGCACAUGCAGACGCACUCGAUCGAUAAAAAUUUCGAAUGCAAACGCUGCAAUAAAACAUUCGCGCUCAAGUCGUACCUCAACAAGCAUCUAGAAUCGGCGUGCCUCAAGGACGAGGCGGACAUGCAGUUCGACAGCGCCAGCGAUGCCAGCAACGGUAUGGUGUCGCCACCACCCUCCAUGGAAGAUUAUCCUUUGGCGCCGACGGCACAGCAGCAGCGGCGUUACAUCAGCAAUUCGCCAACACCGUCGGCGGUAAAUAUUGGCAGUAUAAGUGCGCUUACGAUACCAACACCAGCAGCAGCAGUCGCGGCGGCAGCAGCUGCGGCAGCCACAAUGGUGAAGGUGGAAGCGACCUUCGUCGGCUAAAAUCAACAUUGAGAUGAACAGAAGGAAAACAGAACACCAGAACACACAGCAGCAGUUAAGUGGCCCUUUGGUGCAAUUGUAAGUAAUAGUUAAGAGCAAGCAGGUAGUUAAGAGUGGAAAAGUUCGGAAAGUUGAAGUGCAAAAGUUACGGUUUUGUUGCAAGCGAAUGUGUGGCAUGUCGACUCGUUUAUGUGCAUAGUUAAAACCAGUGUAAAUUAACCCUUACGGGGUUGGCAAAAUUACCAGUGACAGUAUGAAUAGAAUUAAAACUACUUAAUAUUAUAAUAAUUUAAUUAAAUAGUUUAAAUCUUACAUAUUUACUUACAUAGAUAUUUUAUGUUUUUCGUUCUUAUGUUUUAGUAAAUUUAGUAUUUGUACAAUUGAACACACGCUGAACACACGAGACAUCACAAAACGUCCACAAAACAUUAAGAAUACUCGAUAAAUGCAUAUACAAAAUGAAAAUUAGAAAUAAUAUGCAGAUUUAAGGCAGUAGUAAGUUAAGUAGUUCUAGAAAAGCAAACUCGUAGUAUUUAAGAGUUGGGAGAUUCACAAAGCAACAACAACUUCAAAUAUGAGUAACAAAAAAAAAAAAAACAAUUAAAAAUACACCAGCAUUCGAGCAACACUCGACCGUGAAUACUCAUACGCAUACUGAUACUCAUAUUCAUCGCAUACUCAUACUCAUACCAGUUUCAAAGAGCUGCAAGAGCUUUUUUAAAUGGAUUUUUUAUUGAAAUUUUCCGUACUCAUUUCAUUUGUAAAUAAAACUUUGCUCAAAAUAUUCAACUAGUAGUUACGAUUAGCGCUUUCCCACAUUUCAUUCACUAGAAAGUAGCAACAACGCGUCCUCUUGAGCUGCGGGCAAUCUCAGAAGCGUUUCAUAGCAUUUUUCCAACGAAAACACAUUCAUACAACUCCAUUCACAAAGCACCCUCAUACUCAGCAUGCACAUUAAAUUUGAUUAAAAGCUUAUAAAAUAAGUAAACGCAAACGUGAUUUACAAGGCAACGAAUAAAUAACAUUUUGAUGAAAACAAAGAGCAACGUUUCGCAUACAACGAAUUAGGCUAUAAGGAUUAGAGACAGAUUUUUACAAUUUUAAAUGACUAAUGCAAUUUUAAACUUUAAUAAUACACAUACAUACACACAUAUAUACUGAAUAUUUAUAGACACACCAAUAAAAAAAAUAUAUACAUAUUUCGCUUAUUAAGUAGAAAGAAUGCAGAACCACAUGCAAUAAUCACAUCGUAGAAACAGUAAGCAAUAUUAAGCAACGAAAGAUAACCACAAAAAGCAAUAAAACUGUUAUAAAGUUUCGUUCAGCAGCUAUGUAUGUAGUUAAGAGAGAAAAUGCUAAUAACAACAAAUUCAAAGCAAUUAUGAAAAAAUUGGAAAAGUUAUAAAAGUUUACGAAAAAUGCAAGCAAUGAUUCUCAUUACGCUAGCUGAAGAUUUGGGAAUACCCAGCAAGCAUUUUCAAAAAGAAGCGAUUCGAGGUUAACUCUUUUUGGUGCGAAACUACAUGAAUUACUUGCGAGUCGUAUGCGUUUCAUAUGGGAAAGAAAAAAAUCUGCCACUAAGAAUUCUGCUGUACAAUAUAAAAAUCGAGUCGCAGCAAUGUUCAAGAAACGACUCUUAUCGAGUGGUGAUUUUUUUUUUUGUGUACAAUAAAGGUAGUCACAGUACGCCAAAGAGGAAAUCUGUGUUUUCUCAUUUCACUUCACAUAGGAGAUUGAAAAAGACAGCGCUCUUCCAUUUCAUCGCAAACAAACAUGAUAUUCAAAUUAGGGAUGGGCUUCUUCUAGAAUUGUAAAACACGUUUCAUUGAAUCAAUGCGAAAAAUCUUAAUUUUGGAAAUAAUAUUUUCUUUAUAAGUUAAUUUUUGCAACAGAUUUAGGUAACAUUUUUCUUAAAAAGGUAAUUUUUCAGAUACAUAUGUACAUUAGGGCGGGUCAAUUUGUAUGGGAU